CAGAAGAAAGAGCUGGACGGCGUACUACACGCAAGGUGAUCAGUGAUUUCUUGUUUCUGUUACUUCAGCACGACUGCGUCAACUUUUGUCGGUGCUUUGACUGGUCUUCCUCUUUUCUAUUUAUUUCCAACAAAGCUCUAAAUUCCCAAUUCCAUGCAGAUGCAAUACUUCUUGGCUUGUUCGGAUUCAGGGCGACAUUAUACAUUCAUAGGUUGAAGAAAGGAAGCAUUUAAUUUCAGAUAGCCUUAGUUACUAUUAGUUUUUUACCGACAUCAUGAUCAUCUUUCAGUGAUCUCGUAUUAAUAAUUCGAUUUCCCUUGCUGUAUUCCAC